AUGAGCGAGAUGCGCCAAGCAGCGAGCAUGACCAUGGCCACACCCGUAGUCACAGCCGAGGCCGCAACCAAGGACAUCACCGCCAUUCAAGCACUAGCCGAAGCCCUAGCCCUGACAAAAGCUGCCACAACACAACUGACCGAGCUCUUUCACAACGCCAAACUGCGCCUGCCCAGCCAUCUCCAGCACUCGCUCAACGGCGUCACUUCGCUGGACGCCAGCAGCUUGCUGGUCACCCCGAUCGAUGGGCUGGGCGAGGUCCUCAAUACCUGUGCAAGCGCAGCUGCUGCUCUGUCCGUUGGCCUGACACAAGCCAGUCGCCAGCUCAAACGGGACCAAUCAGCACAGCAAGAGGCUUCGGAUAGUACUCGGCAGUUGGACAAGCGCCUGCGUUCUGCUACCGAAGAGGUGCAGCACUUGCAGGCCGACCUGGCGCUUGCCCAACGUGAGCGAGACCAAGCACAAGCCGCUUUGACCGAGGCUAAGGAAAAGACUAAGAGCUAUCGUGUCAAGCUUCUUGAUCUCAAGCAAACUACCACCUCUUCCUUGGCCGAAUGGGAGACUGAGCGGCAAAGCUUCAACCAGGAGCGCCAACGCCUCGUGGCGGAGCGCGAUGAUCUCACUCAACAACUGCGUAGCCUGCGCCUCGAUCAGGACAACACUGAGAAGCGGGCACAGCGCCUGGAACGCGAGUGCAACGAGGCACGAGCGCGCGUGAGUCGUCGCGAUGCCGCUCUGCAACAGCUGGAGCAGCAGCUUCAAGCCAAUCGCGCGGCUACCGAGCCCAUGAGCCUGGCUCCCGUGCGUCCAACGAGUCCGCGACUGGGAGCCGAGCAAAUGGAGACCCUGCGUGAGAUGCAGGCGGCGCUGCAAGAGCUGGCAGACGAGCAUGCACACUUUCGUCGCGGGACAGCAGUGGCCCUGGAUGGUUAUGGUGACCAAGUCCGUGCAACCAUUAGCCAUGUAGUCCAAGCCACCCGCGCAGGGCAGGAGCAGCGCGCAGCUCAAGACCGAGCCACCCUCACAGCCGAACGGGAUCAGCAGCGCCGACUGGCUCGAGCACGCCAACGUGAGCUUGAGGACGCUCAGCGCGAGUUGGAGGCACUACGUUCGCAGUCUGCAACCAGUGAUGCUACGCUUCAGCGCAUGCAAGAAAAGCUUAAUAAUCAGCCUCAGCUGGUUGAGGAGCUCAAAACGCUGCGCCGAUCCCUGGCCAGCUCAGAGGCGGAGAGCCAGGCGCAGAGGGAGCGCCUGGGCCGACUGGAGACUGAGUUGACCACGGCUCAACGCGAGGUGUUGAGUCUCCGCACUGACUUGGCACAAGCUCAGAGCAAUGUGGAUAGCGCAACGCGACCCGUCAGCCCCGUCAACGGCCUUUCCCACGCCAAUGGCGCAGCUUCACAACUACAAGCGCGCCUGUCUGGACUGGAAGGUCAGCUACGCGAGGCAGAGGCUGCGAAUGCUCGCGCAGUGGAACAGAUGUCAGCCGAGCAAAUUCGUGCCACGCAAGCUGAGGUAGCGCUGCGUGAACUCGAAGCUCGAAUGCAACGAGCCACCACUGAGGCUGAUACUGCCGCGGAAUCUCAGCACCACGAGGUAGCAGAGCUUCGCGCGCGCUUAGUGCAAUUGCAGAGUGAGCGGGAUGCGCUUGCGGCACAAUGCGAAGAACAUGCCCAUAAGUGGGCCCUUCUUUGCGAUACGCUGCCUGAUUUCCUGACCCACUGCCAGCCUGGAAUAAACGCGGAGUCCGAGAGCCUCGUGAUUCAGGGCCUGCACGAUUGGUCCCAGGCUUUGAGUCUGCGUGAAAUGGUGGUAGUGGCGCGCGAGCAGGACGUGGCAGCACUGGAGCAACAUGCAAGCAGCUUGCUAAUGGCAGAGUCAAGUUCGUGUGCUGAGCUGACCGCCACGCUGCACGAUCGGGACAACGCGAUUGCUGUGCUGCAGCAACAAAUGACAACGCUGCAUGCUAGCCUGGCCGAAACCGAAGCGGCUCUGGAAUCGUGCCGUGCAGGACCUGAUGCGGCCCUUAUGCAAGCUUACAUGGAACGUGAGGCCGCUCAGCGAGCCCAGGCCACCGCUGAAGCUAGCUGUGCUCUAAAGCAGCGAGAGCUGGAUGACCUGUACGUCGAGCAGACCAAUUUGCAAACGCAGCUGAAGACUGCAAAUGAGGAAGUGCAGCGACUUUGCGAACAGUUGUCGGCGGCUCAACGCGAAAUCGCCUCAACCCAAGACCACACCGCUGCGCAACAGCUCGAAUUAAAUACCAGCGAGUCAGCGCUGAAGCAGGCUCGUGAACAGUUGGCUUUGAGCGCAACAGAACAAGUCGAACUCACGGCGAAGCAGCAAGCUUUGCUUGUUCAGAUCGAGGAGUUGACUGCGGCGAUGAACGAGGCAGCUGCAAACCGGAAUGCCCUGCAAAGUGACCUGGAAGGGGCAGAAGCGGUGCAAGCCACGCUUCAAGCUCAGGUGGACAAAUUGUUGGCCGCGCAGGAAGCCUCGCACGCGGACGACGCCUCGGCACAUGCCCAGCUGCUCGCCGAGCGUGAUGCAGCGCUCGAGGCCUGUGCCGAGGCACAAGCAAAGCUAGCCAUUACCCGGGCCAAGCAAACAGAAGUUAUUGCCAGGUGCGAGGAAUGGCGUGCCCGAGCGGAAGAUCUUGAUAACAUGACAACCGCACGCGCUGAGUUGGAGGCGAAAGUCGCGGCCCUCACAGCUGAGCGAGAGGCUGCAGCCGCGGCACUUGCGGGGCAACAAAACGAUCAAGAACGGCAGCAAGCACAGUUUAACGCCGAGCAUUCUACUAUGGUGGCACGCUUGGAGGCAGUUGAGCAAGAGCAUGCCGAGCUUCAAACGCUGCAUUCCGAGCUGGAGGCGGGCUUACGGGAGGCCCAAGAAGGCCUGAGAGAACGAGGCGCUUGGACAAAGCUGCAAGCAGAGGCUAUGCGGGGUCAGGUUGAAGCCCUGCAGCGCGGGUUGGAACAAACUACGGAAAAUUUGACGCGAGCAAGGCGCGAGCGAGAUGAAUGGCGCGACCAGUGCCAGCGGGGUGCCAAGGAAGUCCAAGUACAGCGUGCUCUGGCAGACCAGUUACAAGCACGCCUGGAUCAAGCCCUGCAGCACGUGAAUCAAGCUACGCGUGAGCAAGCACUUGUUCGGCGAGACCUUGUUGAGGUGGCUUCGAAGCUGUGCUGCGAGCCUGAUGGCGUACUUGAGCGCCUGGAAGAACGAUUCGCCCAAGCCGCUAGCGUCGCGGAGCGCUUGACAGAGGCUGAGAACCGCAACAAUCUUUUGGUGGUCCAACUGGAACGCGUCCAGCGACAGUUACAACACAUGCAAGAGCAACAAGACUGGACAUUGGUAAGCAGCGCGAUGCGCGGCAAGUCCUAA